AUGGCUGGUGUGAAGUUGACAGCGAUUGUGACACUUCCGUCUCUUCCCGAUGAACCUCAUCACCCCCACGGACUUUCGUUUCUCCAAGAGAACGUGACAAAAGGUUUCUGUAAUUGGAAAGAUGCCACGGUUAAUUUCAAGAAACACCUACAGUCAAAAUCUCACAGGGAAGCAGUUGAUGCUGUUGUGAAGCUGCCAAAGACCACAAGGGACGUAGCAGAGCAGCUUAGCAGGGCCCACAGAGCAGAAAAGGAACAGGCAAGGGACAUGCUACACUUGAUCUUAUCCAGUAUUCGCUUUCUUGGCAGGCAAGGACUAGCCAUGCGAGGUACUGGCAGCGAUGAAUCAGCUAACCUUACUCAAAUGCUUUACUUGAGAGCUAAAGGAAAGCCUGAAGUACUUCAAUGGAUACAUAAGAGUGCCUGCAAGCACACUUCUCCUGGAAAUCAGAACGAGAUGCUUAAACUAAUGGCUCAUCAUGUACUGAGAAAGAUCCUGGCGAACAUCCACAGCUCGCCAUUCAUUGCUGUAACGGUUGAUGAGGCCACAGACAAGGCAAAUAAGGAGAAGCUGACCAUUGUUGUGAGAUGGAUCAAUGAGGAUUUUGUAGUGUCUGAAGAGUUCCUGAGAUUGUACUGUCUGUCUGCGAUUGAUGCACAGAGCAUUUUCGAGGCCAUGAAGGAUGCUUUUCUGCGGUUCCAGAUUCCUCUGGCAAAGCUCCGUGGUCAAUGCUAUGAUGGAUACAGCACCAUGGCUGGAGUGAAGGCUGGUGUAGCUGCAAAAAUUGAGCAAGUGGAGCCUAGAGCUGUAUUCACACACUGUUAUGGGCAUGCGCUGAACCUUGCUGUUAGUGAUACAGUCAAGCAGUGUCUCGCUAUGAAGGACUGUCUAGACACUUGUUUUGAACUUAUGAAGCUGAUCGAGUUCUCCCCAAAGAGAGAGGCCAUGCUCUGUGAGGUGAAAGAAGAGAUUGGUAGUGAUGCUCCUGCCGUGCAAACCCUCUGCCCAACAAGGUGGACUGUUCGUGCAGAAUCUCUUGCCAGCAUACUUGCAAAAUAUGACAAUAUCCAGGUACUUUGGGUGACAUCAUUGCAUAAAACAUCAGACACCGAGAUGAAAGCUAGGAUUCAGGGAGUAGCUAGUCAGAUGCAGUUGUUUAAGUUCUUUUUCUGUCUCAUUCUAUCUGAAAUGAUCUUACGGCACAGUGACAGGCUUAGUCAAACGUUGCAACAACUCAAGCUGUCUAGUGUUGAAGGCCAUGAACUAGCAAUGCUGACAGUGAAAACCCUUGAAAGUUUGCGAAAUGAUGAAAACUUUAACAUGUUUUGGCUGACUGUUGAGAAGAAAAGGAUCCUGCAGAACAUUGAUGAACCUCGCCUUGCAAGGAGAAGAAAAUUGCCUAGUCGAUUGGAACUUGGUAUCGCUGUGGCUGAAUUUGCAUUGUCUCCAAAAGAGGAAUACCGGCGAGUGUACUUCGAAGCUCUUGACCUCGCAAUGGCUUGUAGGAAGCAAUGUUUCGAUGAGGAGCUGGAUCUUGUGUGCAAUUUCUUCUAUGAAGACUUUAACAGAGAGGAAUCGGUGGCACAACUAGCUACUCUCGGUGAACUCUUCUCUUCAGCUGAAGAGGAGGAGGUGCCAUCUGUUGAAAGCAUAAAGAAUAGUGUUUCAGCUACUGUUGAUCUUGCCAGCUACAAAUGCAACCGCAGAGCGAUCAUUCAGUGCCCUCCGCCGUAUAAAGUCUUGGCUGAGGAGCAGGAUGUCUCAAGCAAUGUUGAAUCACCUUAUGAUCCUGCACUACCAUCAGGAUUUGACCGAUAG